ACCUUUUGUAACGUAUCAUAACUCACUUGGGAGAGAUCUCUACCUUGUAACUCAGGAAUGCUAAAGACAGGGUUCUUUUGGCACUCCAAGACGUUCUUGAGCCCAAGGACAAAUCUGGAGUUAAAGCUUGCUCUUCCCUGGGCCAUCUUCUUAAUGAGGUUUUUGAAGUUGUUGUAGAGCCAAAACUUGUGCAGCCAACAUUUGUCUUGGACUACCCAAUCGAACUCCGCUAGUAUAAGAGACGUCAUUGCGUUUCCUGUUCUUAAAAUUCAGCAGUAACACCUCAUGGUUGUAGCUUUAACAUUGUUAUGUAUUUUUUUUUAUUAUUUCUCCAUCAAGAAGUUGGAAGAAGCAGGUGUAACAAACACGUUUAAAUAGCAAAACAAAUCCAGUUAAUUAUUUUUUCUUGAUGAAUGCUUGAAACAGAGAGACAUAUAAUAAUACAUACAAAAGUAAAGUUACAUCAUGUUGGAUGCUCGUCCAGUUUAAUCCCAUUUUUAGUAAUACAGAAUCCAGACAAUGGUUGACUUCCACCAUUGCAGAUACUCUCACUAUAAGCCGAAUAAAAAAACAUGUGAUGUUUUAUGACAUUGAUGGGUGAAACAAUCAGGAACCAACAGUAAAAAACUGACGACUGUGAUCAAUAGGAAUCUGUCCUUUUCCUAGCAUGGUCCCUACCUAUACUUUUAUCUGUUUCUCAUCUGAUCAACUUAUAAUUAAAUGGUCUUUGGAUUCUAUCAAAGAGGAGAUGUUUAUGUACUGUGGUUAUUAACUCUUCCUCGAACCCCCCUUGCUGCUGUUUUGUUCUUUUCAGAAAUCAUAACUGUUUUCUUUCCAAUCUGAGCACAUUAAGUUUGUUACUUUAUCAAAGACAAGACUGGUGACUAGGUGUUUCAAAGAACCAACAUAUAGUUUUUGAUGAGGGUUUUGCUGUGUAAGAUCCAGUGCCCUUCUUUCAUCUGCUUCUCUAAGCCGUCUCCUCACAUCUACACACCAGGCUCGCAGAGAUUGGAGAGCACGCCUCCUCAAGUGGCGUCUUCCGCUAGUACCGUUGUUGAUGACAAUGAUGAUGAUCAUUAUGUUGAUGCACAUGUAGAAGAAGGUGUUGACCAUGUUAAUGGUUUGUUGAAUAAGGUUAGGGAAACAGAUUAUGUUAUAGAGGAGAAGGAAGAAGAUUGUACCCUUGAGGAGAAACAGGAAGAAGAGGAAGGACAUAGUGAUGGGGAGAUCCUGAGAAGCAGUACAAAGGAGGUUUUAGAUUCAGCAGAUGGUGGGAUAAUGGAGAAGAAGAAGAAGGUACAGUGGGUGGAUUUGAUGGGGAAAGAACUUGCUGAAGUCCGGGAAUUCGAGUCUAGGUUUUGUGAAGAAGAUGAUAUCAGAUAUGAUGGCGAUAAAAGCUGUGUCUGCGUUAUUCUGUGAUCAGCUGAGUUCAGUUUUACCUGGAGAUAAGGCAAUGGUGAAAGGUGAAGAAGCUUGUUUGUCUUGUGGCUUUAGCUUUAGAAUCCAUAUACAUAAAGGUAGUACAUACAUAUAGUAGAAUCUGCAGUUGUGUUCAGCCAAUCUACAUUUGCUAGCAUUUUGUUACGGUUUUAGGAUUGUAAAAAAAAAUUGCUUUCUGCUACACUUGUUUCUUAGACAAGUUAGUGAACUUCUUUCUCACUCAGAUUCAAGAAGCUUUAGUUUUUGAAUUUUUA